GUCGAAGUGAAGCUCCAGAUCGGGCUCAUGGAGGCGCUGUUCGGCAUACCGGAGGAGGCCUACCAUAACAUGAUAGUCAGCGCUGAGCUGUCGUACGUCCGAAACGAGUGGUCGCCCAACACUCGCAACACUUCUAAGCGGAGGUCACAGCGAGCGACUACCGGUCCCCUAACGCCGCUCCGAAGUAAAACCAUGCGACCCAUUCGCGAGGGCGGCGCCGCCGAACAGCACCUGGAUCUGAGGCCAAUGUUUUAAGUUUUUUUUAUUUCAAAUGGCUUUUAAUUUUUAGUUCAUUUUAUAAAUACCGUAAAUAUAUAAAUAUAGAUAUUAUAAUUAGGCUCUAAAUCUACAGUAUUUAUCACGUG